AUGCGAAACGUUGUUCAUAGUGCCUACAAGUAUGUUUCGGAGCUUUGGCGCAAGAAGCAGUCCGAUGUUAUGAGAUUCUUGCAGCGAGUGAGGUGCUGGGAGUACCGACAGCAACCUUCAAUUGUUCGUUUGACAAGGCCUACUCGCCCAGACAAAGCUCGCCGCCUGGGUUAUAAGGCUAAGCAGGGUUAUGUCGUUUACCGAGUACGUGUUAGGAGGGGUGGCAGGAAGAGACCUGUUCCCAAAGGUAUUGUUUAUGGGAAGCCAACCAACCAAGGUGUUACUCAACUGAAGUUUCAGCGUAGCAAGAGGUCUGUUGCUGAGGAGCGAGCUGGAAGAAAGUUGGGUGGCCUCAGGGUCCUCAAUUCUUACUGGGUGAAUGAGGACUCGACCUACAAAUAUUUUGAAAUUAUUCUGGUUGAUGUUGCCCACAGUGCUGUAAGAAAUGAUCCAAGAAUCAACUGGCUCUGCAAUCCAGUCCAUAAACACAGGGAACUUCGUGGUCUUACUUCUGCUGGAAAGAGCAACAGAGGUUUACGUGGCAGAGGACAUCUGUACCACAAAAAUCGUCCAUCCCGCAGGGCAACCUGGAAGAGAAACAACACCCUUUCUCUUCGUCGUUACCGCUGA